AUGGAUCGUUAUUUCAAGAAACUUUCUUCCGUUGAUUCUUCAUCAGUUGAACCUUCACUUCUUCAACCUCAAGAAUUAUUGAAUGAAGAUAAAAGUAAGGUUGAUUUAGAGAAUCUUCCAAGUGAUCCAGGAGAACGACCUGAUAUAAUGAGUUAUCCACCAAAUUUAAUAGAACAAGUUCGCAGAGCUUACUUACUUAAAGGUCCAUGUCAACCACGUAAUCAUGAUUUUCGUCCUACAGUAGAUGGAAAUCGAAAACGUAAAUUUGUCUCACAUUGGUUUGAUGAAUUUAAGGAUUGGUUGGAAUAUAGUGUUACAAAGGAAGCAACUUUUUGUUUAUAUUGCUAUCUUUUUUCAAGACUCCACGGAAAUGGACAAGAUGCUUUUGUAUCAGGGGGAUUUACGGUCUGGCGCAAGAAAGAAAGAUUAAGAGAUCAUGUUGAAAACCAUAAAAGUGCUCAAAACAGGUGCAGAUUAGCAUGUGAGGAUUUGAUGAAUCAAGCCCAACACAUUGAGGUCUCUUUGGCAAAACAGUUAACACAGUCUAAGCUUGACUACCGCCGCGAUUAA